CUGAUGGUUUCUGCCCUAUUGAAGAGCCUGAUCUUCUCUCAUAUAUAUAAGCUUUGCAAAGGAAUGUUUACAAAGAAACUGGGGAAUCAUACAAAAAAGAAAGAAAGUCAGAGCAAAAAGGAACAGGAUAUUUCUCAAUUUGGCCUAGGCAAGAACCCAAAUAUUUCAACUAUCAAAAGCACAGUCAAAAAAAUUGCCAAGUGUUCUUCUUCCUGCAACUUGUCAACUGAGGAAGAUACUGGUAGAAAGGAAUUUUCACUUUCUCCAACAUUCAGUUAUAGAGUAGCAAUUGCCAAUGGGCUUCAAAAAAAUAUUAUUCUAGCUGGCAAUAAUGAUGAUGCAUUUCAUGAUAUAUCUUCUCUUAGUAGUUCAUAUUCAGAAUCUUUAAGUGAAACAAGGGCUGACAGUACAACCAAGGAAUACUCAUCACAAACCAUGCCAGUAAGGCGAAACAGAAAGAGCAUGAGCAGUCUGGCUCCUUCUGAUGGAAGUUCGGAUGGGGAACGUACAUUGCAUAGCCUAAAAAUGGGUGCUUUACGCAAACUUAGAAAAUGGAAGAAGAGCCAAGAAUGUGUUUCAUCAGAUUCAGAAGUAAGCACAUGGAAGAAAACCUGGGGGUUGCGAAGCAAGUCUUUAGACAGAACAGUCCGUCAGCAGAAAACCAAUGCACUUGAACCUGGCUUUAGCUCCACUGGUUGCAUAAGUCAAACUCAUGAUGUCAUGGAAAUGAUCUUUAAAGAACUCCAAGGUAUAAGUCAAAUUGAAACUGAACUGUCAGAAUUAAGAGGUCAUGUGAAUUCCUUAAAGCAAUCCAUUGAUGAAAUUUCUAGCAGUGUUGAGGUUGUGCAAAGUGAAAUUGAGCAGUUGCGUUCAGGUUUUGUACAAUCAAGAAGAGAAACCAGAGAUAUCCAUGACUACAUUAAGCAAAUAGGUCAUCACAGUAGCAAGCUUAGUCUUAGGUUUUUAAAUGUGCCUGAAGAAAAAAAUGAAGUUUGUGAAAAUGUUGUUUAUAGAAUUUUAAUUGAAAAAAUGGGAUUUGCAGAUGCACAAAACAGUAUGAAAAUUGAAAUUGCUCACAGGCUAGGGCAACAAAGAGAUUGUCCGAAUGCAAAACCUAGACCAAUUCUUGUUUAUUUUGCUACACAACAAGAUAGAGAUUUAGUUUUAAAAAAAUGUUAUAAACUGAAGGGAACUGGAAUUGGGAUUUCUACUGACAUUAUUUCCCAUGAAUUGAAAGCGAAAAAAGAAAAGGCAAUUCCUUUAUCUCAAACAUAUGAGAGCAUGGACAUGAAAUUUUCUGCUGUUGAGCCAAAGAUUACUCAUGAUGAAUGGGAAUCCCAUGAAGACAGUGAUAAAGAGCUGGAACCAGACGUAAACAGAAAUAGUUAUGCAAUGGUAUCUAAGCCUGAAGGUCAGAUGAAAUCAAAUGGGAGAAAAAGAAGCGGGCAAUCAUCCCAUAAUAAAAAACCUCACAGAACAUCUGAAGACACCACUUAUAAAAGUAAAGAUGAUUAUGGAGAGCUUAAUUUUCAGUCCCCUGUAUCUGAUAGCUUGGAAAAAAACAAAAUAUAUUACAGUGAUUCAACUCCUUUGUGGCAUUCACAGACUGACUUUUCUACUCCAAAACUGAGCCGUUCAGAAUCUGAUUUUUCAAAAUUAUGUCAAUCUUACUCUGAAGAUUUUUCAGAAAACCAAUAUUUCAUAAGAACCAAUGGAAGUUCUCUAUUGUCUUCUUCUGAUCGAGAACUCUGGCAAAGAAGACAGGAAGAUAAUUCAUCAAACUGGUGUGCAAGCUCACAGGAGCAAGCAUUCAGUAAUGACGUAGAGCCUUACCAUGAAGAGAAUGAAAUAGAGAACACUGAGACUGUUGACAGUGGUGUCAGCAAUGGGAUACUUUGUGCUUCAGGAGACCGCAGUCACUAUAGCGACUCUCAGCUUUCUUUGCAUGGUGAUUUGUCACCAUGGAAAGAAUGGCACCAUUUAGAGCAAGAUUCUGGGCUUGAUGCAUCUACACAACAUGGUUUUGCCUAUAAUGUCAACUGCCCCGCAGAUGAACACAUGGAAGUUCAUGCAAACAAUUAUGAAAAGUGCCAAAGUACAGAUUUUCCAUAUAACACAGAAAACUACAAUUACACUCUAGAGAGCAAUUCUCCAUCUUGCCCUGAAAUCUGCACUGUGUCACAAAAUCAGUGGACUAGUGAAUAUGAAUCAUACAUUGAGACAAAUGCCAAUGAAAUGUACCAGAGUCAGGGAAGAUUGCCUAUGAUGUACCGUAGCCAGAGUGAACUACAAAGUGAUGACUCAGAGGAUGCUCCACCAAAAUCAUGGCAUAGCCGACUGAGCAUUGAUCUUUCAGAUAAAACCUUUAGCUUCCCAAAGUUUGGCUCCACACUUCAACGUGCUAGAUCGGCACUGGAAGUUGUAUGGAAUAAAAGCACACAUAGCUUAAGUGGCAAUGAUGAAAGCAGCUCCUCUUUCAUGGGCAGAUUUCGCACAUUAUCACAGUCUACAGCUAAUGAAUCCAGCACAACUCUUGAUUCUGAUGUAUACGCAGAACCUUACUACUACAAAGCUGAUGACGUCGUUGAUUAUGGUGAAUCUACGUCUGGCAAUGACAAUGGAGAAGAUUAUGUGGAAGUGAUGGAACAAGUUCUUGCCAAACUUGAAAACAGAACAAACACAAAUGAAAAUCUUGACCAAAUGCAAGAAUAUCAAGAGUAUGAUGACAACUUAUAUGACCCAGAGUAUGACCCAGACUUACAAAUGGAUCAGUACAACAUUCCAUACGAUGACUUAGCUCCUGAGGAUAUAAUAGAGCCUGAAUGUGAAAUAGUGUACGACAUGACAGUCAACUCCAAGAACGAUGAUGAGAACAAAAAUGUGCCUGAAAAAACCUUUGAGUUCCCAAAGAAAAAGCGCAUUCGUCCAAGUUUUAAGGAGGCUGCCAUGAAGGCAUACAAGAAGGAAAUGGCUGAUCUUGAAGAAAGGAUCCUUGCAGGAGAUAGCAAAGCUAUGGAUGAAAAGGCACGGAUAGUUGGCGGCAGCUCUUUGGAUGCCUCAAAACUUUACGAAAUACAGACUGGCGGGGGAGGAGGAAGAGGGCUUUACGGAAUUGACAGCAUGCCAGAUCUUAGAAGAAAGAAAACAAUACCUUUCGUCCGAGAUGUGGCGAUGACACUGGCAGCACGGAAAGCUGGAAUAUCUCUUGCAAUGGUUAUCCGAACCUCUGUGAACAAUGAAGAACUGAAAGCUCAUGUUUUCAAGAAGACAUUGCAAGCUCUGAUUUACCCAAUUUCAUCUACCACUCCACACAAUUUUGAAGUAUGGACCGCAACAACACCAACAUACUGCUAUGAGUGCGAAGGUCUUCUUUGGGGAAUAGCAAGACAGGGCAUGAGGUGUACAGAAUGUGGUGUCAAGUGUCAUGAAAAAUGUCAAGACCUCCUAAAUGCUGACUGCCUGCAAAGAGCAGCAGAAAAAAGUUCCAAACAUGGAGCAGAAGACAAAACUCAGCACAUUAUUAUGGCAAUGAAGGAAAGAAUGAAGAUCCGAGAAAGAAACAGACCAGAGGUUUUUGAGCUUAUUCAAGGGCUUUUCCAGAUAUCAAAAGAAGAUUUUGUGCACCAUACAAAAUCAGCCAAGCAAAGUGUUCUAGAUGGGACAUCCAAGUGGUCUGCCAAAAUCAGGAUCACAGUUCUUUCUGCCCAGGGUCUACAAGCAAAAGAUAAAACAGGGUCAAGUGACCCAUAUGUAACAGUUCAGGUUGGAAAAACUAAGAGGAGAACCAAAACCAUUUUUGGAAACCUAAAUCCAGUGUGGGAUGAAACCUUUCAUUUUGAAUGCCACAAUUCCACAGACCGGAUAAAAGUGAGAGUUUGGGAUGAAGAUGAUGACAUAAAGUCAAGAGUGAAACAGCACUUCAAGAAAGAAUCAGAUGACUUCCUUGGACAAACUUUUGUAGACGUGAGAACACUCAGUGGUGAAAUGGAUGUCUGGUACAAUUUAGAAAAACGGACAGAUAAAUCCGCUGUCUCUGGUGCCAUAAGGCUGAAAAUUCAUGUUGAAAUCAAGGGAGAAGAAAACGUGCCGCCUUACCACAUACAGUACACUUGCUUACAUGAGAACUUGUUCCACUACUUGACAGAAGUUCAGAAUAAUGGCAUUGUUAAGAUCCCUGAAGUUAAAGGAGAUGAAGCCUGGAAGGUUUACUUUGAUGAUAGCGCGCAAGAAAUAGUGGAUGAAUUUGCAAUGCGCUAUGGAAUAGAGUCUAUUUAUCAGGCUAUGACGCAUUUUUCCUGUCUGUCUUCCAAAUACAUGUGCCCAGGUGUACCAGCUGUCAUGAGUACCUUAUUGGCGAAUAUCAAUGCAUUUUAUGCUCACACAACAGCUACAACAAAUGUUUCAGCAUCAGACCGAUUUGGUGCUACCAAUUUUGGGAGAGAAAAGUUUAUAAAACUCUUGGAUCAGCUGCACAAUUCUCUACGAAUUGACCUCUCAAAAUACAGGGAUAACUUCCCAGCUACAAACCUAGAAAGGCUUCAAGACUUAAAGUCAACUGUGGACCUGCUAACAAGCAUCACCUUUUUCCGCAUGAAGGUUCUUGAACUUCAGAGCCCUCCAAGAGCCAGCAUGGUGGUGAAGGACUGUGUACGAGCCUGCUUAGAUUCUACGUACAAGUAUAUUUUUGUUAACUGCCAUGAGCUUUAUUCACAAUUACUGGACCAGGGUAAGAAACAGGAUAUUCCACGUGAAGAUCAAGGUCCAACAAUUAAAAACUUGGAUUUUUGGCCAAACCUCAUUACCUUAAUGGUCACUAUUAUUGAUGAGGACAAGAUAUCAUAUACUCCUACUCUAAACCAGUUUCCUCAGGAGCUCAACAUGGGAAAACUCAGUGCAGAGGUGAUGUGGAACUUAUUUGCACAGGAUAUGAAGUAUGCUUUGGAAGAACAUGAAAAGCAUUGUCUAUGCAAGAGUACAGAUUAUAUGAAUUUGCACUUCAAAGUAAAAUGGUUUUAUAAUGAAUACGUUCGAGAACUUCCUGCAUUCAAGGAUACCGUCCCAGAAUAUUCUCUGUGGUUUGAGCCUUUUGUUAUUCAGUGGUUGGAUGAAAAUGAAGAUGUGUCAAUGGAAUUUCUUCAUGGAGCGUUGGGAAGAGAUAAAAAGGAUGGAUUCCAGGCCACAUCAGAACAUGCUUUGUUUUCCUGCUCAGUUGUUGAUGUCUUCACACAAUUAAAUCAAAGCUUUGAGAUUAUCAAGAAACUGGAGUGCCCAAAUCCGGAAGCGCUUUCUCAUUUAAUGAGAAGAUUUGCAAAGACCAUCAACAAAGUGCUGCUCCAGUAUGCUGCAAUUAUAUCCAAUGAUUUCAGCUUGUACUGCGGCAAGGAAAAUGUGCCAUGUAUUCUACUGAACAACAUCCAGCAACUAAGAGUUCAACUGGAAAAGAUGUUCGAGAACAUGGGAGGAAAAGAGCUGGAUCCGGAUGCCAGUACGAUGCUUAAAGAACUCCAGCUGAAGCUUAGUGCUGUGUUGGAUGAGCUUAGCUGCAUAUUCGGAGCAAGUUUCCAGAACAUAAUUGAGGACUGUGUGAGACAAAUGAGUGUGGAAUUAAAUCAGAUGAGAGGCAAUGGGAACACAUCUACAAACAGAAACAAUGCAGCCAUGGAUGCUGAAAUCGUGCUGCGGCCACUGAUGGAUUUUCUGGAUAAAACAUUAUCAGUCUCUGCAAAAAUAUGUGAGAAGACAGUGCUUAAACGAGUUUUAAAAGAAUUAUGGAAAUUAGUGCUUAACAAAAUCGAGAAGCAGAUUGUGCUACCCCCUCUAACAGACCAAGUAGGGGCUCAGAUGAUUUUCAGCGCAGCUAAAGACCUUGGACAGUUGUCUAAAUUAAAGGAUCAUGUGAUUCGAGAAGAAGCCAGAAGUCUCACACCUCGACAAUGUUCAGUCAUGGAGGUUGUUCUAGCCACAAUUAAGCAAUACUUUCACGCCGGGGGAAGUGGGUUGAAGAAGAAUUUCCUGGAGAAGAGCAUAGACCUACAGUCAUUGAAAUAUGCUCUCAGCCUCUACACCCAAACUACCGACGCUUUGAUAAAAAAAUUUAUAGAAACACAGGCAUCUCAAGGUCUGUCCACAGAAGGCACGGUUGGAGAAAUUUCAGUUCAAGUGGAUAUUUUCACUCAUCCUGGAAAUGGAGAACACAAGAUUACAGUAAAAAUUGUGGCACUUAAUGGAUUACAAUGGCAAACCACAGCUAUGUUCCGGCCUUUUGUUGAAGUCUUCGCAUUAGGUCCCAGUCUUGGCGAUAAGAAAAGGAAAUAUGGUACAAAGACAAAGAGUAACACUUGGUCACCAAAAUACAACGAGAUUUUCAAUUUCGUUCUAAGCAAUGAAGAAAGCCCAGCGGCCUAUGAACUUCACCUCUGUGUGAAGGAUUACUGCUUCGCCAGGGAAGAUCGGAUUAUAGGAAUGACAGUUAUCCAGCUGAAGGGCAUCGUGGAGAAAGGCAACUGUGCAUCCUGGUACCCACUGAUGAAAAACAUCUGCAUGGAUGAAACUGGACUGACAAUCCUGCGAAUACUUUCUCAACGCUCCAAUGAUGAAGUUGCUAAGGAGUUUGUAAGACUGAAAUCAGACACCCGGUCUCUGGAGGAGAUCUAGAAUGUGCUGCCGCAUGGGAAAACCCACCCAACAGAACUCUUCUAGAAAAAAAUACCAUGAAACAUUGAUACGGUGUUGUUAUUUGAUCGUGUAUGCAUGUGAAAAUCAGUGGGAAUGUUUAUUUAAUAUGUUUCCGUGUUUGCUAGUACACCAGUACUAUAUUUGCAAGGCGUGUUGAAGAAAACAUGUACCUUCCUUUUAUAUGAAUGACAUUGGGCAAGGACUAGUUCCCAUAAAGUGCCAAAAUCUACGCCUAAAACUGAAAUGAGCUCAUGGUCUUUUUGUUAAUCAUUGUUUUCCUACCAUUUUCAAACCUUGUUGAGUUACAUUUAAUGUGUCGUAUUUGUUAAAUAUGUGUCUCUCUGCAGUUCAUUUAUCCAAUGAUUUGCUGACAUAAUGUUGCUUUUUUAUUUCAUUUUUUUGCAGAAGAACGUAUUGUAUGUUGAAUGGUUUGCAAUUUUAUAACUCCAUUCCUGAAUAGAGAUAUUACUUUUCAUAUAAUAAAGGAUGGGGCUAUUUUAUGCAUCUUCUACACAAACCUUCUGGUAUAUCACUGUGAAGACAAACUGUACGAAUCUCGCUUCUAAAACUUAUUAUUGUCCACCCUUAUAAAGUAGUUUCUCUUUCUGUGUAUUCCAGUUCUUUAAUGGAUCUCUUUACCUAGUAAUAAUAGUGCACACAGCAUCCUGGGGAAGGGAAAGACUUUGUACAUUUGUACGAAACAUGUCGGGAUUCUGUGAUACGUCAUUCCCUGUGUUUUGCUCACGUCAUCAGAUCAGCUUCUUGUCACUUGCAGCAAUGGGAUAUUUUCCAUAAAACUUGCAGUAUUUUUGUAUGGUGCAAAAAGGAAUGAUAACAUUCCAUAAAGUCCAACUAUCAUUUACCCUGUGUGUAUGUGCUUGAAACAUUGUACUGAAUACCAAGGAUAUUGGCUUGAACUGUGUACAGCUGAGUGUUGUCUGGACCAUAAGAGAAUGGUAUUGUCACAGGCAGGGAAA